CCGAGGGGGAAGGGCGGGUUCUGCCGAGCGCUGUCCGUUACGGGUGGGGAGGAGGGGAUGAGCCUGUGAGGGGGCGCGAGUCGAAGAGGGCUGAGGGGAGAAGGAGACCGGCCGCAGGCAGGCAGAGAGGCGCGGAGCGAUGUCUCAGCCGCCUCAGCAACAUCCGCCUCAACAGGAGCAGCAGCCGGUAGCGGCGCCGGUGUCGAAAAAAAGGGACCGGCGGAUCUUCUCGGGCACCUGCCCGGACCCCAAGUGCCAGGCGCGCUUGUUCUUCCCGGCGCACGGGCCUCUGAGCAGCGGGAGCAUCGAGUGCACGGACUGCGGGCAGCGCUAUGAGCAGCGGCAACUGCUGGGGGUGGAGGAGGUGACGGACCCGGACCUGGUGCUGCACAACCUGCUGCGGAACGCUCUGCUAGGGGUGAGCGGGGCGGGGCCUCCCCGGAAGAACACGGAGGUGAUCAAAGUCAUGGGCCUCUCCAACUACCACUGCAAGCUUCUGUCUCCCAUCCUGGCACGGUAUGGCAUGGACAAGCAGACGGGCAAGGCCAAGCUCCUCACGGAGAUGAACCAGGGGGACGUCUUCGACUGUUCUCUUCUUGGGGAUCGUGCCUUCCUCAUCGAGCCCGAGCAUGUGGAGACUGUGGGCUAUGGCAAAGAUCGCUCCGGCAGCCUUCUCUACUUGCAUGACACCCUUGAAGAUAUAAAGAAGGCCAACAACAGCCAGGAAUGCUUCAUCCCGGUCCAUGUGGACGGCGAUGGCCAUUGCUUAGUCCAUGCUAUCUCCCGUGCGUUAGUGGGCAGGGAACUGUUCUGGCAUGCGUUACGGGAGAACCUCAAGAAGCACUUCAUAGAGAACCUUGCCCGCUACAAAGCCCUGUUUCAUGACUUCAUUGAUGCAGUGGAGUGGGAAGACAUCAUCAGUGAGUGUGACCCUAGCUUCAUUCCCCCAGAAGGUGUGCCAAUGGGCCUUAGAAACAUCCACAUCUUUGGUCUAGCCAAUGUGUUACAUCGGCCUAUUAUUCUCUUGGAUUCCCUAAGUGGAAUGCGUAGCUCAGGAGACUACUCAGCGACGUUCCUUCCUGGAUUGAUACCAGAAGAAAAAUGCAUGGGGAAAGAUGGCAUGUUAAACAAACCGAUCUGUAUUGCUUGGAGUAGUUCUGGACGUAACCAUUAUAUUCCUCUAGUUGGAAUAAAAGGUGCUACUUUGCCUAAAUUGCCUAUGAAAUUACUUCCUAAGGCUUGGGGGGUACCUCAGGAUCUUAUUAAAAAGUAUAUAAAACUGGAAGAGGAUGGUGGCUGUGUAAUAGGAGGAGAUAGAAGUUUGCAAGACAAAUACUUGAUGAGACUCGUUGCUGCCAUGGAGGAGGUCUUUAUGGAUAAGCAUGGUAUUCACCCAAGUUUAGUAGCUGAUGUGCAUCAAUAUUUCUACAGACGGACUGGUGUAAUAGGAGUUCAGCCUGAAGAUGUCACAGCGGCUGCUAAAAAGGCAGUGAUAGACAACCGCCUUCACAAGUGUCUGAUGUGUGGUGCCCUUUCAGAAAUUCAUGUUCCUCCAGAGUGGCUGGCUCCAGGAGGGAAGCUCUAUAAUCUGGCAAAAAGUACCCAUGGGCAGCUAAGGCCUGAUAAAAAUUAUAGCUUCCCCCUGAACAGUUUGGUGUGCUCCUAUAAUCCUGUGAAGGAUGUUCUUGUACCAGACUACAGUUUGAGUAGCUUGACUGCUUGUAAUUGGUGCCCUGGAACCUUGGUGCGUCGUGUCAGAAGUGAUGGCUCUGUUGUUUAUUUAGAUGGGGACAGAACUAAUACUAGAUCUGUAGGUGGCAAAUGUGGUUGUGGAUUCAAGCAUUAUUGGGAAGGGAAAGAAUAUGACAAUCUUCCUGAAGCUUUUCCUAUUACUUUAGAGUGGGGUGGGAGAGUGGUAAGAGAGUCCGUGUACUGGUUCCAGUAUGAAAGUGACCUGUCUCUAAACAGCAACGUGUAUGAUGUUGCAAUGAAACUUGUUACCAAGCAUUUUCCCGGAGAAUUUGGUAGUGAGAUUCUUGUUCAGAAAGUUGUCAAUACAAUUCUUCAUCAAACAGCCAAAAAGAACCCUGAUGAUUAUACGCCUGUAAAUAUUGAUGGUGCUCACGCCCGAAGAGUUGAUGAUGUUCAACAUGGACAAGACAUGGAAUCUCAGCUUCCAACCAAAAUUAUUCUUACUGGACAAAAAACAAAAACAUUGCACAAAGAAGAGCUGAAUAUGAGUAAAACUGAAAGAACUAUUCAGCAAAACAUUGCAGAACAGGCUUCUGUAAUGCAGAAACGAAAAACUGAAAAAUUAAAACAGGCACAGAAAGGGCCAGCUAGAACUGCUUCCCCUGGUGUUGUUCCUGAUGGGCCAUCUUCGGCACCUGCUACACCAACCAAGACUCCUUAUUCCCCAACAUCUACGAAAGAAAAGAAAAUACGCAUAACAACGAACGAUGGGCGGCAGGCAAUGCUUACACUGAAGUCCACAACCACAUUUUUAGAGUUACAAGAAAGCAUAGCUAAAGAAUUUAAUAUUCCUCCCCAUUUGCAAUGCAUCCGCUUUGGUUUUCCUCCCAAAGAGCUGCUCCCACCCAAAGAAGGACAGGAAAAUGAACCUGUUCCUUUGCUGCAUGGUGACAGAAUAACCAUAGAGAUCCUUAAAGCAAAGGAGGAUAGUAGCCAUUCUACUGUGGUGCACUCGUCCCAUGCUGUGAAACAUGAUGAUGCUGCAGUUACUAGUAAAAUCUCUUCCAAGGAACUCCAAGAGCAAAUUGAUAAGGAAAUGUACUCUCUGUGUCUUCUAGCAACAUUUAUGGGAGAAGAUGUUUGGUCUUAUGCAAAGGGCCUUCCUCACUUGUUCCAGCAGGGUGGUGUGUUCUACAAUAUAAUGAAGAAAACAAUGGGCCUGGCUGAUGGUAAGCAUUGUACUUUUCCACACUUGCCUGGUAAGACCUUUGUGUACAAUGCUGGAGAAGAUAGAUUGGAACUUUGUGUGGAUGCUGCUGGGCACUUUCCCGUGGGUGCUGAUGUGGAAGACUUGGUUAAGGAGGCGCUGAGUCAAGUACGAGCAGAAGCUUCUUCAAGAAGCAGAGAAGCCAGUCCUUCACAUGGGCUUCUAAAACUCGGUAGUGGUGGAGUAGUUAAAAAGAAGUCAGAGCAACUUCAUAAUGUAACUGCAUUUCAAGGCAAAGGCCAUUCUCUGGGAACUGCAGCUGGAAGCCAGCAGCUUCAUCAAAGAGCAGCAAGGGAAAUUCCACUUACAAGAAAACAAAGUACAGGCACAGACUUCAGUCCCAGUUCUGCUAAAUCUGAGCCUUCUGUUAACAGUGAGCUUAUACGGAUAGCUCCUGGAGUAGGAACAAUGAGAGACAGCAGGCAGCUUGACCCUAAUUUGAUUGAGGCACAGCGAAAAAAAUUGCAGGAAAUGGUUUCUUCAAUUCAGGCUUCGAUGGACAGGCACUUACGGGAUCAGAACACAGAGCAAUCAUCAUCACAUGAUUUCUCACAAAGGAAAUUGGAGGUGGCAGGUUCUUCGGCUAAAACUAGAAGCCCUCAGACUAGUUUGUCUGAAUCAUUUUCAGGUGGCGGUGGACAUCUGAACGCAGAAACGGAUAGUAACAUGUCAAAUGCAGUGGAAGGAACAUUUCCUACAAGAUCAAAAGCGCAAAAGGGAAAUUCUGUUGAAGAGCCUGAAGAAAUGGAUAGUCAAGAUGCAGAAAUCACUAAUACAACUGAGCCAAUGGAUCAUUCAUGAAUAGUUAAAAGCUGAUAAAGAUAAAAUUACUGUGCAAAUGUAACAUUUAUUGGCAGGGCCACAUAAAACUAGUUCAUUGAAUCUUGUAUGUUUCAAAGAUUAUAUCUUAUUCACUGCAUGAUAGCAAAUGUGUGAUAGAGAAUAGCUUUUAAUAUACCAUUCUGCUGCCCAGGUUAGCUCUCAGUUACCUGUAAAUUAGUUGUUAGGAUAUGCACUGAGAUGAAUAUCUGCUGUAGAUGUGGGUUACAAUUUUUUUGUAAUUUUUAUUUCCAUUAAAGUCUUAAUGUUGCAGCCCAUUUGAGAUCCUUAUUAGGUUUUUAAGAUUGAUAUGUGAAAAUAAACCCUGACAAAUGUA